AUGGGUGGUUCACCCCCUUGCGGGGGCUCUGUAAGAACAGUUAAAGAUUGCAGGCGACAAGCCAUAACCGCCCAAAAGUGGCCUUCGCAAGUCGAAGCAGACCAUCAAAUCUCUUUCUCGGCGGCCGAAACUCACGGCAUCAGCAUGCCGCAUAACGACCCACUCUUAAUUGAUAUCGGAAUCGGUGAAUGCCAGGUCACGAAGGUUCUCGUCGACACAGGCAGCUCAGUCCACCUCAUCUUUCGGGACACGCUCGACAAGAUGGGAGUCGACCUGCGAGACAUGAAGCCCUCCUCACGUACUCUCACGGGGUUCAAUGGUUCCUCGGAACAGAUGAUUGGGACAAUUCGUCUCCCAGUUUACGCAGGUAAUGUGACCCGCACCGUUAAGUUCCCUGUUAUCCGGGCUAAGGCGCCCUACAACGCAAUCAUCAAAACGCCAUGGUUACACUCCAUGAAAGCCAUUCCCUCCACCUAUCACCAAUGCGUUAAGUUCCCUGGGAAAGAUGGAACGACGCAGACGAUUCGCGAGGACCAACGGGCCGCGAGAGGGCUCCUUAUCGAAACCAAUACAUAA